CAAACGAACAGCAGUAUGCCGUGGUUAAUGUUUACUUUAAGGUUAAGUCCUACUGUAUGGCUGUGUCCUUUUUCAAAACUGGGCAACAUUUUGGGGCCCACACGUGCAGCAACAAUGGCAACAGACUCCCAUUGGCUGACUCCAGCAGAGCGAGAGCAGCUGCUGAUGGAGCUGAAGGCUACUGGUUGGGUUGAAGUGGAGGAUCGGGAUGCCCUGUAUAAAGAACUGCACUUCAAAACUUUUAAUCAGGCUUUUGGCUUCAUGUCUCGAGUGGCUUUGCAAGCAGAGAAGAUGAACCAUCAUCCGGAGUGGUUCAAUGUUUACAACAAGGUCCAGAUCACAUUAACCACACACGACUGUGGAGGACUCUCGAAAAAAGACAUUCGAAUGGCCAAAUUCAUUGACAAAGUUGCUUUAACUAUGUAGCAACCUCUGUCAUAUUUCACUCAAUAUUAAAUCAGGAUGGAACAUAUUAUGUAUCUGCUUUUGCUGUGUGCUGUUGCUGGAGCGUCAGAGUAAACCUGGAGAUCCCUGGAGCUGAUUUUUCCACUACACUGUAUAUCAUUAUCCUGAGGUGAUGGAUAUGAGCUGAGAACAUGCAUGAAUGUCUCAGUGUUCAGAGGGAAGAUUUGUACGUGAGUUGGUUGGAUGUUUGAAAAAUAGUUCAACUAAAUUUAAUAAGAAGAAAUAUCCGCAUAAUGUACAUUGUUUGAGAUCUUCCCUCUGUAACUGCUCUUGGUGAAAACCAAUUCUUUUUUCUAACAGAACUUUGCAGAGGAAAUAACAAUUUGAACCUCUGAAAUAUAUAAUGUUGAAAAAUAAACCAACCAUUAUUGCUGAAUAAAAUUUUAUCAGAAAAACACAAA